GAGCGGCGCCGUGCCGCGGGAGCGCUUCCGGCCGGCGCGAUCACGUGACGGGCCGGGGGUCACAUGACGGCGGGAGCUGGAGCCGGGGAGCGGGAGCGGAGCGGCCGCCGCUGGGGGUGAUGCCAUGGCCGCUGCCAGCUCCAGCAGGGCCAGGGCCGGCCCGCCCUGCGAGAAAUCCCCGCUGUCUGUGAAAGUUGUGUCUGUGAAGCCCAAGGCCCAGAGCCGCCCAGCACGGAUGAACUGCUACGUGGAGGUGGCCGGCGACGGGCUGCCCAGUGAGACCAAGAAGACGGGGAAGCAGAUGGGGGUCUCAGAGCUGCUGUGGAACGAGAUCCUCACCCUGAAUGUCACAGCUCAGAGCCACUUGGAGCUGAAGGUGUGGAUCUGCCACACGCUGAGGAACGAGCUGCUGGGCGCCGCCUCCGUCAGCCUCGGCAGCCUGCUCAAGGGCGGUGGCAAACUGGAGAACAGGCAGCUGACCCUGGACCUGCAGACGGAGAACAAAGGCAGCAUUGUGUCGGGCGGAGAGCUGACGGUUUUCCUGGACGGGCCGGCUGUUGCUCUGGGCGGCGUUCCCGAUGGCAGUGCCGGCACAGAGGGGUCCCAGGUACCUGGACGGGACCCCAGCAGCACAGCUGUGGCCACGGAGGGCCGGCACCAACCUCCCAGCACCAACUGCUUUGGCAGCAGAGCAAGGACGCACCGACAUGCGGCCGGAGCAGCCCGGGCAAACACGGGGAGUGGAGAGCAAAGUCCCAGUGCCAGGAGCCGGCACCGGCAGCAGGCCAAGAGCUCACAGCACACCAGCACAGCCACCAGCCUGGCCAACGGCAUGGCCAACGGCGUGGCCACCGGCACGGCCACCAGCAUGGCCAAUGGCGUGGCCAACGGCACAGCGAACGGGGACGCCGUGGGUGCCGUGGACAUGGACGAGGACAGGCCGGCAGCAGGGGCCAGCGUUCCGCCCGCGGCGGCGUCGGGCUCGGCCGAGGGCUCGGCUGCCCCUGCCCCUCCUGCCCUGGGCGGCUCCAGAGAGGCGGAGGAGGCGGCCUCGGGCCCCAGCGCCCCCCCGGCCCGGGCGGCCGUGCUCGCCCUGGAUGCUCUGCCCCCCGGGUGGGAGCAGCGGGAGCUGCCGAAUGGUAGAGUCUACUAUGUAGACCACAACAACAAGACCACGACGUGGGAGAGACCCCUUCCUCCAGGGUGGGAGAAACGCGUGGAUCCUCGAGGCAGGUAUUACUACGUGGACCACAACACCCGGACCACCACGUGGCAGCGCCCCACGGCCGAGUACGUCAGGAACUACGAGCAGUGGCAGUCGCAGCGCAACCAGCUGCAAGGGGCCAUGCAGCAGUUCAGCCAGAGGUUCCUGUACCAGUCCUCCGGAGCCCCGUCCGACAAUGAUCCUCUGGGGCCCCUUCCUCCCGGCUGGGAGAAGAGACAGGACAAUGGGCGAGUGUAUUACGUGAACCACAACACCCGGACCACGCAGUGGGAAGACCCUCGCACGCAGGGCAGGAUGAUCCAGGAGCCGCCGCUGCCGCCGGGCUGGGAGAUGAAGUACACGAACGAGAGCGUGCGGUACUUCGUGGACCACAACACCCGGACCACCACCUUCAAGGACCCGCGCCCGGGCUUCGAGUCUGGGAGCAAGCACGGCGGCUCCCCGGGCGCGUACGACCGGAGCUUUCGCUGGAAGUACCACCAGUUCCGCUUCCUCUGCCACUCAAACGCGCUGCCCAGCCACGUGAAGAUCAGCGUGUCCCGGCAGACGCUCUUCGAGGACUCCUUCCAGCAGAUCAUGAACAUGAAGCCGUACGACCUGCGGCGCCGGCUGUACAUCAUCAUGCGAGGGGAGGAGGGCCUGGACUACGGUGGCAUCGCCAGGGAGUGGUUCUUCCUCCUGUCCCACGAGGUGCUCAACCCCAUGUACUGCCUCUUCGAGUACGCGGGCAAGAACAACUACUGCCUGCAGAUCAACCCUGCCUCCUCCAUCAACCCCGACCACCUCACCUACUUCCGCUUCAUCGGCCGCUUCAUCGCCAUGGCUCUGUACCACGGGAAGUUCAUCGAUACCGGCUUCACGCUGCCCUUCUACAAACGGAUGCUGAACAAGCGCCCGACGCUGAAGGACCUGGAGUCCAUCGACCCUGAGUUCUACAACUCCAUCGUCUGGACCAAGGAGAACAGCCUGGAGGAGUGCGGCCUGGAGCUGUACUUCAUCCAGGACAUGGAGAUCCUGGGCAAGGUGACCACCCACGAGCUGAAGGAGGGUGGUGAGAGCAUCCGUGUGACGGAGGAGAACAAGGAGGAGUACAUCAUGCUGCUGACGGACUGGAGGUUCACACGGGGCGUGGAGGAACAGACCAAGGCGUUCCUGGACGGCUUCAACGAGGUGGUGCCGCUUGAGUGGCUGCGCUACUUCGACGAGAAGGAGCUGGAGCUGAUGCUGUGCGGGAUGCAGGAGAUCGACAUGAACGACUGGCAGAAAAAUACCAUCUACAGGCACUACACCAAGAACAGCAAACAGAUCCAGUGGUUCUGGCAGGUGGUGAAGGAGAUGGACAACGAGAAGAGGAUCCGGCUGCUGCAGUUCGUGACGGGGACCUGCCGCCUGCCCGUCGGGGGCUUUGCUGAGCUCAUCGGCAGCAACGGGCCCCAGAAAUUCUGCAUCGAUAAAGUUGGCAAAGAGACGUGGCUGCCACGGAGCCACACGUGCUUCAACCGCCUGGAUCUCCCUCCCUACAAGAGCUAUGAGCAGCUGAAGGAGAAGCUGCUUUACGCCAUCGAGGAGACGGAAGGGUUUGGACAGGAGUGAUGGAGCUGUGGGGCGUUCCCGGAGCGCUGCCGGCCGGUGCCCAGGGCCGAGCCCUCCCCGGGAUGUGCACGGGCCCCUAUGGACACUGUGGCUUUUGUUCCUGGGCGAGGCCUGCACUGACACAGCCCUGGGGGAACAGGGCUGUGUUUCCCUCCCUCAGGAAACCCGAGGUGUGAUGGAGAGGAGGACACAAGGGCUUGGCUUGCCCAGCUUGGCAGGGCUGGCGCAGAGGGGCUGGGGGGCAGCACAGGGGGCACCGGGGCUCCCCAGCCCCCCACUGCAGACACAGUUACAUGUUUGGUAGGGGCUCUUCUUCCCCCUCGUGUUUUCUGCCUUUUCAUGGCAUUUUGGUAGUGGCAGGUGAGGGGGAAAAUGGCUCUCAGAUUUACUUCUGGGUGCCAUCCUGCACCCAGCGUUCAGUGACAGGGACCCCCAAGACGAUGCUUCUGAGGGGCUCUUGUGCACAACCUGAGCGCCAGGUCAGCCCCUUCCCAGGCCAGAUCUGCAGCCACUGGAGCCAGAGCCUGGCUGAGGGUGUCUGUGGCGUGUCCCGAUGUGCAGCCCGUGACCCCUGGGCAGUUGUAUUUAAAUGAUGUGGUUUCUGCUCGGAGCUGGUGCUCCACAGCAGCCCCGGGGGCUCCGGGCACUGCUGGGGCCCUGCCGGCCUGCGCUCAGAUCCCGGGUUCUGCCCACACUCCUGUGUUCCCUCUGCUGCCGCACAGGCUGCAGUGAGGGCAAGAUCACCUGGCUGUCACUUGUGUCCCUCCCCGUGUGUGCGGGUGACAGACGCGGCUGGUCUGUGUCCGUGUGUCCCGGGGCCUGUGGAGACGGGACCCUGCAGCGGCUCCGGGCUGGGAACCGGCCGGUUCCGCACGGCCCCGCCUGCCCCGCGCGGCUUCGUGUGCAAUAAACGACAAAGCAGCUGCCGA